AUGAGAUUCUCCCCUACGUGGCUUUCCAUGAUUGGUAAGUCGUUAUCCCCGUGCGUCACCGUCUCACAGUUGUACCGGACACGCAAUCCGAGAGGAUGGAAUUACGCGGGCAGUUCGCUGAUCUACUUAUUAAGCAAACCCAGCCGAGCGUCGAGAAAUCUCUGUAGCUGUGAGUUACUCGAUCAAAUGGCAAUCAAGACAAAUGGGUUCAUCGAUGGGAUCUUCCCCGAGGAGCUGAGGAGAGUGCUGCAGUCUCUGGCCAUGGAAUGGGGAGAUGUGGUGGAAGACAUGAAAGCCUUGCAGGUGAUACCAAUGAAAGGUGCGAUGACGAAUGAGGUUUACCAGGUGAACUGGCCGACGAAGGGAGGAGGGGAAGGAAUCAACAGGAAGCUGUUGAUUCGAAUCUAUGGCGAAGGUGUUGAUCUGUUCUUCAAUAGGGAUGAUGAAGUCAGGACGUUUGAGUGUAUGUCGAACCAUGGUCAAGGCCCUAGGCUUCUUGGCCGGUUCCCUGAAGGCAGGGUUGAAGAGUUUAUCCAUGCUAGGACACUUUCAGCUGCUGAUUUAAGGGACCCUGAGAUUUCUGCUCUGAUAGCAGCAAAGAUGAGGGAGUUUCACAAUCUUGAGAUGCCUGGCUCAAAGACUGUGUCAGUUUGGAACAAAAUGAGGGAUUUGUUGGGUGAGGCUAGAAGCUUGUGCACUGUGAGAGAUGCUAAAGAGUUUCGCUUGGAUGUUUUGGAAGAUGAGAUCAAUAUGCUGGAGAAGGAGAUCUCGAAAGGGCGCCAUGAGACUGGGUUCUGUCACAAUGAUCUGCAAUAUGGCAAUGUAAUGAUCGAUGAAGAAACCAAGGCUAUCACUUUGAUUGAUUACGAGUAUGCAAGCUACAAUCACAUUGCUUAUGACCUGGCAAAUCACUUCUGCGAAAUGGCUGCGAAUUACCAUUCUGAUACUCCACACAUCCUGGAUUUUGACACAUACCCAGGACACGAAGAGCGCUGCAGAUUCGUCCGUGCUUACCUUAGCUCGUCUGGCGAGAAGCCAACCGAAGAUGAAGUGUUGCUGCUAGUUCAGGCUGUAGAAAACUAUAAGCUAGCAAACCAUCUCUUCUGGGGCCUAUGGGGCAUAAUUUCGAGAUACGUGAAUCAAAUCGAUUUCGACUAUCUGGAGUACGCGAGGCAGAGAUUGCAGCAGUAUUGGAAGAUCAAGCCAAUGCUUCUUCUGGGUUCAUCUGGGGUGGUGGUUAAUUCAUGUGAUAGUAAUGGAUAUGCAGGAGUUGGAACAAGGGAAGGGGCUUAA